AUGGGUGUUUACGACGCUGGUACCCAUUGUUGGUAUCCUGAUGCUCAGCAUGGUUGGAUUCCUGUUGAAAUUGUAUCUAACGAAAAAUUGCCAAACAACAAAUACCAAAUCAUACUAAAAAACGAAUCAACCUCAAAGAACCUCCCUCCUAUAUUGGUCAACUCUCUAAAUGAUGAAGUUGAAAAAAAUCUACCUUCCUUGAGAAACCCAAGAAUCCUAGAAGCCUCUGAAGAUCUCACCUCUCUAUCCUACCUAAAUGAACCUGCUGUCCUCCACGCAAUCAAAGUAAGGUACGCAAACUUGAACAUCUACACAUACUCGGGUAUGGUGUUGAUCGCUACAAAUCCCUUUGAAAAAAUCGAUCAAUUAUACUCUCCCGAUGUUAUACAAGCCUACGCUGGCAAAAGAAAGGGCGAGCUAGAACCUCAUCUUUUUGCCAUUGCUGAAGAUGCCUACUGCUGUAUGAAAGAAAGAAUAGAAAACCAAACCAUAGUGGUUUCUGGUGAAUCUGGUGCAGGUAAAACUGUAUCUGCCAAAUACAUCAUGAGAUACUUUGCUUCUGUUGAAUCAAACAACAACAUCACAAACAACAAUUCAAAUAUCCAAAUCAACACAAUCAACAACAACAACCCCAACAACAUUCCAUCAAUCAACAACAACAAUCCUCAAUCGAAUAACUCUUCUACCGCUAACCCUAAACACGAUGACAUGUCUGAAACUGAAAAGAGAAUCUUAGCUACAAACCCAAUCAUGGAAAGUUUCGGUAACGCCAAAACAACCAGAAAUGAUAACUCCUCAAGAUUCGGUAAAUACUUGGAAAUCUUAUUUGACAAAAAUAUCUCCAUCAUUGGUGCAAGAAUUAAAACAUACCUUCUAGAAAGAUCCAGAUUAGUCUUUCAACCUAAAACUGAAAGAAACUACCACAUUUUCUACCAGAUGUUAUCGGGUUUAAAGGACAACGAAAAAUCCCUAUUCAGCCUAUCCAACGAUAUCAACCAUUAUCACUACUUGAACCAAGGUGGUGACUUUAAAAUCAACGGUGUCGAUGAUGCAGAAGAAUUCAAAAUCACUUCUGACGCCCUCAAUUUAAUUGGCAUCAACUACAAAUCACAAUUCGAAAUCUGGAAAAUCUUAGCUGGUUUGCUCCACAUUGGUAACAUUGUAAUAAACGCAACAAGGUCCGAUGCUCAUCUAUCUUCAAAUGAUCUCAGCUUAAUCAACGCCUGCAACUUGCUAGGUUUCGAUCCCUCCUCUUUCUCAAAAUGGAUCAUCAAAAAACAAAUCAUCACCAGAAACGAAAAAAUUCAAACAAACCUAUCUUACCCUCAAGCUGUCGUUGCAAGAGACUCGGUAGCUAAAUAUAUCUAUUCCGCUUUAUUUGACUGGUUGGUCGAAUAUGUCAACAACGAUUUAUGUGCUCCAGAGAUUGUUAAUAGUGUCAAUACCUUUAUCGGUGUCUUGGAUAUCUACGGUUUUGAACAUUUCAAGAAAAACUCCUUUGAGCAGUUUUGCAUCAACUAUGCCAACGAAAAGUUACAACAAGAAUUCAAUCAACAUGUUUUCAAAUUAGAUCAAGAAGAAUAUAUCAAAGAAAAAAUUAACUGGUCCUUCAUCGAUUUCACUGACAACCAACCCUGUAUCAGUUUAAUCGAACAAAAAUUGGGUAUCCUAUCUCUCUUGGAUGAAGAAUCAAGAUUACCCUCCGGUACAGAUGAAUCCUGGAUUCAAAAAAUGUACCACACUCUAGAUAAAAUCCCAACCAAUAAAGUCUUUAAAAAACCAAGAUUCGGUGGUGCUAAAUUCAUUGUUGCUCAUUAUGCCUUGGAUGUUGAAUAUGACGCUGAGGGUUUCCUUGAAAAAAAUAGAGAUACCGUUAAUGAUGGCCAUUUAGAGACUAUAAAAGCAACAACUAAUCCAAUGUUGAAAAAAGUUCUAGAAACUGUUGAAAGAAACAAUGAUAGAUUGCAAAAGGCAAAGGAAAGAGAAUUGGCUAAAAAGGCUGAAACUCAAAAAUCAAAACCCAACAUCAGAAAACCAACUUUAGGUUUAAUGUUUAAAACUUCUCUAGUCGAAUUAAUGGCCACUAUCAACUCAACAAAUGUUCACUAUAUCCGUUGUAUCAAACCAAAUGAAGCUAAAAGGGCUUGGGAAUUCGAUAACGUAAUGGUUUUGUCCCAACUAAGAGCCUGUGGUGUUUUGGAAACUAUUAGAAUCUCAUGUGCCGGUUUUCCAUCUAGAAGAACCUACGAAGAAUUUGCUCAUAGAUAUCAUAUCUUGGUUCAUUCGUCUGAAUGGAUUAAAGUUAUUUCAAAUAUUAACACAACCGAAGAUGAUGUCUGCAAAUUAUGCAAAACUAUUCUAGACAAAACUGUUGAUGACAAGUUGAAAUAUCAAUUAGGUGAAACAAAAAUCUUCUUUAAAGCGGGUAUUCUUGCUAAUUUAGAAAAACUAAGAUCAAAUAGAUUGCAUGAAUCAGCUGUCUUAAUUCAAAAGAAUAUUAAAGCGGUUUACUAUCAACAACAAUAUAGAAAAAUCAGAAACUCUAUUAUCAAUGCUCAAUCAUUAUUUAGAAGUUAUUGUGCUCAAAAGAGGAUUAGAAUAGCUAUUGAAAUUAGAGCUGCAACAAUGAUCCAAACAAUUUCAAGAGGUUAUUUGGUUCGUAGCAAAUUUAGAGUUACAAACAAAGCCAUUGUUACUUUACAAUCAGCUAUUCGUGGUCACAGUUCAAGAUUGCUUUAUCAUGAAUUACGCAGAAAUGCUGCUGCUUCUUUGAUUCAAAAAAGCUGGAGAUCUUAUGCUGGUAGACGUGAUUACAUUGAAACCAAAAAGGCUACCGUUUAUAUUCAAUCUUGUUUCAGACGUACUUUAGCUGUUAAAGAAUUGAAAAAAUUAAAAGAAGAAGCUAAAUCUGUUAAUCACUUGAAAGAAGUUAGUUAUAGACUUGAAAAUAAAGUCAUUGAAUUAACUCAAUCUUUAACUGCAAAGGUUCAAGAAAACAAAAAACUUACCACAAAGAUUUUAGCCUUGCAAGAAACUGUUAAAGAAUCAAGCGGUGCUCAUGAGAAAUUGAAAUCUAGAGAAAAGGAAUUUGCUGAACAAAUAAAUACUCAAUCUAAUGAACAUUUAGCACAAAUUGCUGAACUUAAUGACACUAUUCAAAUAAUUCAAAAGGAUUUUGAAGAUGCUAAAGUGAAAAUCAAAGAACUUAUGAAAGAAAAGGAACAAUUAAGAAAUGACGUCACUAAGAAUAUUCAAGAAUUAAAAGAAGCCAGAAACUCAUUAAACAAAUCUAACAACAAUGAGGAAGAUUUAAGAAAGACAAUUUCAACUUUAAAGGCCGAACUUGCUGCCUUGGCUUCUCAGGCUGCAUCUCAACGUAAUGUGAAUGGCAACGCAAUUAAUGGUAACGCGACUAAUGCAUCAAGCAGAUUAUCUUGGAGUUCUGCUGCUGACAAUAAUUAUAAUCCAAGACCAGUAUCUGCUCUUCCAGUCUCAACUAGAGAUUAUGAAGACACUGCCAGUGAAAUUAAUGAUGAAUUAUGGAAAUUAUUACAAGAUUCUAAAUCAAUUCAUAAAGAAAUCGUUGACGGUUUAUUGAAGGGAUUAAAAGUCCCACCAUCAGGUGUUGCUACUGAUUUAACAAGAAAGGAAGUUUUGUUCCCAUCAAGAAUAAUUAUUAUUAUUCUUAGUGAUAUGUGGAGAUUAGGUUUAACAGGAGAAUCUGAAGAUUUCCUUGGUGAAGUUUUGAAUGUUAUCCAAUUAAUUGUCUCCAAUUUGAAAGAUGAUGAUGUUAUCACUCAUGGCGCUUUCUGGUUAUCUAAUACUCAUGAAUUAUAUUCAUUUGUUGCAUUUGCAGAAACAACUAUAAUGGUUAGUGAUGAUAUUGCUAAUGAAAUGAGUGAAAAUGAAUAUAAUGAGUAUUUGAAACUAGUUGCAGUUGUAAAAGAAGAUUUUGAAUCAUUGUCUUAUAAUAUUUAUAAUUUGUGGAUGAAGAGAAUGGAAAGAGAAUUGGAGAAAAAGGCAAUUUCAGCAGUUGUAUUGUCACAAUCAUUGCCAGGAUUUAUGGCACCAGAGACUUCACCAUUUUUGGCCAAAGUGUUUUCACCAGCUCCACAUUACAAGAUGGAUGAUAUUUUAAGUUUUUUCAAUUCAGUUUACUGGGCUAUGAAAUCAUAUUUUAUUGAAGAUGAUGUUAUGAAUGAAGUUAUUGGGGAAUUACUAAGAUUUGUUGAUGCAAUCUGUUUUAAUGAUUUAAUAAUGAGACACAACUUCUUAUCAUGGAAACGUGGUUUACAAUUAAAUUAUAAUGUUACAAGAUUGGAAGAAUGGUGCAAGAGUCAUGAUAUUCCAGAAAGUGCUGGAUAUCUUACGCAUUUGUUGCAAGCAGCCAAAUUAUUACAAUUAAGAAAAAAUACAACUGAAGAUAUUCAAAUUAUUUAUGAAAUUUGUUAUGCUUUGAGUCCAAGUCAAAUUCAAAAGUUAGUAUCUCAGUAUUACAUUGCAGACUAUGAAACACCAAUUGCUCCAGAAGUCUUGCAAGUUGUUGUUGAAAAAGUAAAAGAAUCAUCAUCAACAGCUAAUGAUUAUUUUGAGGAAGUGAAUAGAAAUGGAGGACAAUUUGAUGACCCAUUCAGAGCAGUUGGAUUAAGACCAUUCUCAAAGGUUGAGGCUUAUGUUCCAGCAUGGUUAAACGUUCCAGUUAUAAAGAAAAUUGUUGAGUUGGUUGCCAAAAACGCGAUUGUUGCCGAAUCCGAAGCAUACACGGAAAUAGGUUACGACGAUGGCAGAUUCGAUGAAAAGAAUUACUACAUGGAAUCCACUGAAGAAUAUGACAAUAACUCCACUCUUGCAUAA